CAGGGAGUCGUGCGCAGGCGCGGACAGCGCUGCUUCCGCGGCGGUUGGGGUGGCGGGGCCCCGGGCGGCGUUGACCAUGACCCAGCAGGGCGCGGCGCUGCAGAACUACAACAACGAGCUGGUCAAGUGCAUAGAGGAGCUGUGCCAGAAGCGGGAGGAGCUGUGCCGGCAGAUCCAGGAGGAAGAGGACGAGAAGCAGCGGCUGCAGAAUGAGGUGAGGCAGCUGACAGAGAAGCUGGCCCGCGUCAACGAGAACCUGGCACGCAAGAUUGCCUCUCGCAACGAGUUCGACCGGACCAUCGCGGAGACGGAGGCCGCCUACCUCAAGAUCCUGGAGAGCUCCCAGACUUUGCUCAGCGUUCUCAAGAGGGAAGCUGGGAACCUGACCAAGGCUACAGCCUCAGACCAGAAAAGUAGCGGUGGCAGAGACAGCUGACCAGACGGACAGGGCCUGCCUCCAUGCGCCCCUCAGCUCAGCCCCAGCAAGUGUGUCCUCAGAGCAUCUUUGUUCUUCACGGCAGCAGCUGCCUUCCUUCACUGUCUCAGGUGCCAAGAGGGGCAGCUGCCAGCCUCCACUGGCAUCAGUGACAAGCCCAGGGCACAGCCCACCCGGGGGGUCCUGCUUUCGUGCUCACACAGGCUAUGGGGAUGGUGGGCUCCGGGUCAGCUCGGCAAGGGGCCUGUCUCUGUGGCACCCACACUCCUGCCCUGCCAGGGAGGCCCUGGUUGUCUGAGCACCAUGGGGGCCCCCUCACCUUGUCCCUCCUCAGCCAGCAGAGGCCCAGGGCAGGGGACAGGGGUUCUCCUUCACCCCAGAACUCAAACCUCAGGUCUCACCCCUGUGGCCUGUGAUUAUCAAUAAAGAUUAUCUUUGUAAA